AUGUGGGCGACCAAGCUGCUGAAUUUGGACAUAAAGACUGCUCAAGAGAAGAGAGUAAUGGAUCUCCACGAACUCGAUGAGAUACGACUAGAGGCCUAUGAUAAUUCAAGAAUCUACAAGGAAAGAACCAAAGCUUUUCAUGACAAGAAGAUCCAACACAAGGAUUUUAAAGCUGGGGACAAAGUCCUUUUGUUCAACUCAAAGCUUCGGCUGUUCCCUGGGAAGCUCAAGUCAAGAUGGUCAGGACCCUUCGAAAUUAAAAAGUUGACAAAUAUCUUGAGGGGUGAACAUGUUGAGUUCAUACCUUCCACGGACACUCUGUACGAGUCUGGGGAUGAGGUGCAACGGGUAGAGGUUGCAGAAGCAGGAGCUGAUCCGAUGGAGAAAGACGCUGUUGAGUACCGCCCUGAGCAGUUCCACUUUGAGGAGUACUCAGAACCAUGA